AACGACACAGAUGCUAUUCUCAGUUUUUUCGAUGUAUGCUAUUAUCCAUGAUAUGCUAUUUCAGUUGUAGUGCAGUCAUUUGAAAUUAACCAACAAUGUCUAGAGUUAAGAACAUGAGAAAGUUUGUCAACGAGCGACUGACUGCUGCUGCCGAAGAGAUAUUCGGAGUUUUUGAAAAAGCGAUUGUUGAGUACGAAGAAGAGGUCGACCGUCAGCGCAGACUGCUGGACAUCGUUUGGAAACCUGUAAUAAAGUUACACAGGACAGAGCAACAUGUCUCUCAGGAGGAGAAGAAGAAGGAAGAUGAGGAAGAGGAGGUUCUCUGUGAGCAGCAGCUCUGUAUUCAGCAGAGGAGUUCCAGUCUGGACCAAGAGGACCCAGAGCCUCCACAGGUUAAAGAGGAACAGGAGGAACUCUGCACCAGUCAGGAGGGAGAGCAGCUUGAGCUGAAGCAGGAGACUGAGACCUUCAUGUUGACUCCUACUCAUGAGGAAAGGGACCACAGUGAACCAGAACCAACAGUUGACCACCAGCUCCUCUCUUACUUCUCUCAUGUAGCUGAGAUUCCAGAUCAGAUAGGAAGCGAGCAUGAACACUUGGAAUCAACCAGAAAUGCAGAGCCAGAACCAAAGAAUAAACAUCAGCAAAGUACAAAUUGUUUAAACAACGUACAUGAACCGGAAACGUCAAUUGUCUAUAAUACUCACACGGGUAAAAAGACUGUCCAAUGUGUCUUGUGUAACAAAACGUUUCAGUACAAGUCACGUUUGAUGAAACAUAUGAUAGUACACACAGGUGAAAUCCCUGAUUCAAAUAGGUCUAUAAAUUGUGAAAUUUGUGGAAAAGCUUUUAUCAACCAGUCAUGCUUACUCAUGCACAUGAGAACUCACUUAGGUAGGAAAUCAUAUUCUUGCCAAACAUGCGGGAAAGGAUUCACUCAUAACUCUUCACUGAAAUCCCAUACAAUAAUUCAUACAGGUGAGAAACCAUAUUCUUGCCAAACGUGUGGGAAAGGAUUCACUCAGACAUCAGCAUUGAAAACUCAUAUAACACUCCACACAGGCGAGAAGCCAUUCUCUUGCCAAAUAUGUGGGAAAGGAUUCAGACUUCGUGGUAACUUGACGGUUCACUUCAGAAUCCACACGGGUGAAAAGCCAUUUACUUGCCUCUUAUGUGGGAAAAUGUUCAGACAUAGUAGUGACCGGUCACUACACAUGAGAAGACUCCACAAGCCGUAAUUUAGCUAAAUAUGCAAGAAAAUGUAUUUGUAUGUGUCUGAUUUGGAAAAACACAUAAGGGAUAUCGACAACAUUGACGCACAAGAGAGCCACAUAAUUGCAGCACCUUUGUAAUGCUGAUGAAAUAUUUGGAGUUUUUAAAGAAUAGAAAACUAUGACAAGGAAGAGAUCGCCGGUCAGCGCAGACUAUUGGAUAUUGUGAAAACUUGAACUAAUGACAAUGAUGACGUGGACUAUAUUGUAAAGUUUCCCCUUCAUGUGGCUGUUUUACUUGUGUUUCUGUUUGCAAUCAAUUAAUCUCCCAAAUUGAUGAAGAUGUUGGUUUCACAGGGACUGUAGUCGUGGCUAUCUGGUCUUACAGUCUGUGUUCCUCUCAUCGUACCGGAUAGUUCUUUGAAUCCUCGUCCACAUCUUUGCAUGAAGUUCAGAUUUAUAUUUGAGAAUGAAUGUCGUCACUUAAAAAAAAAAACGAAAUGUCCUAUGAUUAUGAAUGUUCCUCCUUUAUCCACUACCUCACUUUUGUCUAUUGACAUGUUUGGCAUUUCCCAAAAAUGACAUAAUGUAGAAUUACAUAAUUUUCCAGUUGAUUCCAAAGAUUAAAAUGCACUCAAUGAGUGGAACAAACCGUUA